AUGGUCCAUGGACCUUGAACCCGCAAUAGUUUCUGCUUCCAUGUCUCUGUUGUUGCAGGGGCGUUUUCUCUGCACCAAGGUGCACAAGAAAUGGAAGGUGAAGCAGGUAACGAAGUCCAACUUCCAGGAAUCGUUGAGGGAGUUAAAGACUCAUAUCCCAAACUCCGACUUCGUAGCAGUAUCCAUGGUGAAGACAGGCUCUUUCUCGGCUUCGUGGCACCGUGUGCUUCCCUUUGACACGGCGGAAACCGCCUACUGCAAGGCCAAGCACUCCGCUGAGCGGUUUCAGCUUCUUCAGUUUGCUGUUUGUCCAUUUUCAAUCGCCGAAUCCAAUAAGUUAAUCGCUAACCCGUACAAUUUUCUUUUGUUUCCUAGAGAUGAACUGAAAUUGGGGAUGCCUUCGUACAGUUUUUCAUGCCAAACAUCGUAUCUGACUUCUAUGGCUCGUGAAGGUUUCGAUUUCAAUGCUUGCAUUUAUGAUGGUAUUUCAUAUCUAUCUAGAGUACAAGAGUUUAAAGCUAAAAUGCAGAUAGGGAAUUACAUAUCUAAUCUUAAUGUGAACAAAUCUUCUUCAACCUCCGCUACUGCUGAUAUUGUUUUUGUUGAAAGGAUUAAAUCACGGAUUAAACACUGGAUAAAAUGUUGUGAAAAGGGUGGCAAAAGCACGAGCACAGAUGAUGCUCUCCUCACGUCCCUUAGGAAAAUUGUGAUGGGAAGUGAAAUGUUCGGUUCAAGACCUUGCCUCACAAUAAAUGUUUGCAGUGAUAGACAAGUGCAGUUAAUUCUUGAGAUGCUGUUAAACGUUCACAAUGUUGUUCCUAUGCUAGUACCUGCAAAGGGUAAUACUACUCAGGCUAUCUGUCUUGUUUUGACGACCUCAAAAGAGGAUAAGGAUUUGUUUGAGAGGGAGCGUCAAAAAUUAGAAGAGGAGGAGAACAAGAAACUUUGUGGGUUUCGGGAGGUGAUCGAGUUGAUUUCUGCUUCACAGAAACCUGUUCUCUCCUACAACUGCCUUGAUGAUUGUACAUUUAUCCAUUCAAAAUUCAUUGCUUCCCUUCCUCCUGAAGUGAAUGAAUUUAUAUGCUCUUUUCGCUCAGAUUUCCCCCAGGUAAUUGAUGUGUAUCACAUGGUGAAGAAAUUUGGAGCCAUGAGAAAUGUGACCAACAUAACUGCUGCUUUAUUGUACUUGAAGAAUCAUUUCUUGGCAUCUGUUGAUGUGGAAAUUCCUGACCAAGGAUUCCAUUCAGCUACUAUAAACGAAGACAAGAUUGAUGGACUCGAUUCAUUAAGGAUAUGCUAUUUGUUUAUGAAGAUAUGCUCUAUAUUGAAAAUUUCCCCAUGUGUUAGUGAAUCCGGCAAUAAGCAUUUGGCCCCUGAGCUUCAAGACUUCACCAACAUAUUCCAUCCAUGGACAACCGACUCCAAAGAGUUGGUUGAUGAGGACAUAAGCAUCUGGGCAAAUAACACAAGAAAGGUUAAUUGUGAACAUGUAAUUUUCUUAUGGGGAGUUCAGUUCGGGAUGACGGCGAGCACGCUGAAGAAUCUACUUCAGGAAUCCCAUGACAUCCUUCCUGAAGAGUUUGAUGUUAAACUGGUGGCUAAAGAUUGUGCCAUUGUUGUUUUCUGGCAACCUGGGUUGUCAAAAGCUUUUCUUAAUGCAGUGAAGAGUGAACAAAUUAGUGGAUUGUUGAGGGAAUUUGUAUCCAAUGGCCUCAGGGUGGCCAGUUAUGACACUUACAGGACAGUGUGUAGGUUAGGUUUGUGGGAGGCAGAUCUCUCGGAGUCAUUAGACAGAGCUGUGGAGAAGUCUGGUAGAGAGUUUUCCAAUAUUUACUGCCAUACUGAUAAUGUAAUUAACUUUGAUAUUCUUUGAUGGUUGCUUGAUCCUCUUGUGUGAGGAGCUGAGUUCUUUCAAGUCGUUAAUUAGCUUCAACGAAAUUUCAA